AUAGAGUUGCGGAAGUGGUCCGUUCCCUUCCUAGAGCAGCCCGAAGACGCUUCCGGGGAGCUCUUUGGCGAGGGGCAUUGUGGGUUUACUGGGCGGCCCGGACACCGACAGCGGAGGAGUGGCGGGCCACUGAAUAAGCUUCCAAAAUGAUGCCCACACCAGUUAUCCUGCUAAAAGAGGGGACCGAUAGCUCUCAAGGCAUCCCUCAGCUUGUGAGUAACAUCAGUGCCUGCCAGGUGAUUGCUGAGGCUGUAAGAACCACUUUGGGUCCCCGAGGCAUGGACAAGCUUAUUGUGGAUGGCCGAGGCAAAGCAACAAUUUCUAAUGACGGUGCGACAAUUCUGAAACUUCUUGAUGUUGUCCAUCCUGCAGCAAAAACUUUAGUGGACAUUGCCAAAUCCCAAGAUGCCGAGGUUGGUGAUGGCACUACCUCCGUGACCCUGCUGGCUGCAGAGUUUCUGAAGCAGGUGAAACCAUAUGUGGAGGAAGGUCUGCACCCUCAGAUCAUCAUCCGAGCUUUCCGCACAGCCACACAGUUGGCAGUUAACAAGAUCAAAGAAAUUGCUGUGACUGUGAAGAACGAAGAUAAAGUGGAACAGAGGAAGCUGCUAGAGAAGUGUGCCAUGACAGCUCUGAGCUCCAAGCUCAUUUCCCAGCAGAAAGCCUUCUUCGCCAAAAUGGUGGUUGAUGCUGUAAUGAUGCUGGAUGAAUUGCUGCAGCUUAAAAUGAUUGGAAUCAAGAAGGUCCAGGGUGGAGCGCUAGAGGAAUCUCAGCUGGUGGCUGGUGUUGCGUUUAAGAAGACUUUCUCUUAUGCUGGGUUUGAAAUGCAACCUAAGAAGUACAAAAACCCCAUGAUUGCCCUUUUAAAUGUUGAGCUGGAGCUGAAAGCUGAGAAGGAUAAUGCUGAAAUCAGAGUCCACACAGUAGAGGAUUAUCAAGCAAUUGUCGAUGCCGAAUGGAACAUUCUCUAUGACAAAUUAGAGAAGAUUUACCAGUCUGGAGCCAAAGUUAUUUUGUCUAAACUCCCCAUUGGAGAUGUGGCCACGCAGUACUUUGCUGAUAGGGACAUGUUCUGUGCCGGCCGCGUGCCUGAGGAGGAUCUGAAGAGGACAAUGAUGGCCUGUGGAGGCUCAAUCCAGACCAGUGUGAAUAUUCUGAGUCCAGAUGUGUUGGGUCAUUGCCAGGUGUUUGAAGAGACACAGAUUGGAGGGGAGAGGUACAAUUUCUUCACUGGCUGCCCCAAGGCUAAAACUUGCACCUUUAUCCUCCGUGGGGGUGCUGAACAGUUCAUGGAGGAGACAGAGCGAUCCCUUCAUGAUGCCAUCAUGAUCGUCAGAAGAGCCAUCAAGAAUGAUUCAGUGGUGGCUGGUGGUGGGGCCAUUGAGAUGGAGCUCUCCAAGUACCUGCGAGAUUACUCAAGGACUAUUCCAGGAAAGCAGCAGCUGUUGAUUGGGGCCUAUGCCAAGGCUUUGGAGAUUAUCCCACGCCAGUUGUGUGACAAUGCUGGUUUUGAUGCCACAAACAUUCUCAACAAGCUGCGGGCUCGGCAUGCCCAGGGGGGCAUGUGGUAUGGGGUGGAUGUCAACAAUGAGGACAUUGCAGACAACUUCCAGGCCUUCGUGUGGGAGCCAGCUAUGGUGCGGAUCAAUGCCCUGACAGCAGCCUCUGAAGCUGCAUGCCUUAUUGUGUCUGUCGAUGAGACCAUCAAGAAUCCCCGCUCCACUGUGGACACUCCUCCAGCGGCUGGCCGGGGCAGGGGCCGAGUCCAUUAAGAGGCAUCGCUUCCUGGCUGGCAGGCUGCUGUGGGUCUACUCACCCUCCCUGGCUUGAUGUAUUGGUGUAAAAGGAAGUGAUAGUAAUGGGUCCACUUUACUCACUGAAGGUUAUUUAAAUAAAAUUGAAUGCUUAGAAUUAACUUUUGUAAGUU